AUGCCGGCCCUCCGCAAGUCUGCUCGGGACCGCGACCCUCGCUCGCAACACCACCGAUCCAGCACCACGCCAUACGCCUCACCCACCGGCACUCCAAGCGAGUCAGCCCACGAGAAGAAGCAGCGAUCGAUUACAGAGUGGGCUGAACCGCAACCGCAGACACUAGCCCCCUCCUUUGAAGAGCACGGAUUUGCGCGGCACGGCGUGCUAGAAAACAUGGCCCCCCUGGGCGUUCCUCCAAAGGCGAGGGACAAGCAGCGCGCCCGCAAUCUGGACGGCGUGGCCCCUCGCAACUCCUUUUUGGCCAAGAGCAGCGCAGUUUUGGGUGAUGAGGCUGCGUCGACGCCAGAGGUGACGCCCGCGCCCGAACUAGAACCUGAUGAUUCUGAACGCCAGGACGAGGAAGAGGUGCCAGCAGAGCUGCCCGUCUUUCAGGAAGAGGACGACGAAGAUUAUGAGCCCGCAAAGGCAAAGAAGAAGGCGCGCCUGUCCAAGACGCCUGUCAGGGGCAAGACUCCUGUGCAGAAGACGCCCGUCCACACCACCAAAUCACCUCUCAAGAACGGCCACAGCAAAUCCAUGUCCGUGUCUGCAAGCCCCGCAGUGCAGGCUAUUCAGGUCGUAGAACCUGCAAAUGUCACCGCACAGCGCCUGCUGAUUGCAGUGAACGAGGCAGUCUCUCGUGCGAACAAGGGUAAUGAGCGUCGCGUCGGUCUCGCCAUUAUGCGCGUGUUCGAAGAAAGCAGAAGCAACACGCUUCUUGCAAGUUCAAUGGACGCCAUCAUCAACCAGAAACCCACGGCUGAGCAUUGGACCACCUUCCGCUCCUGCAUCAAGCGGGCCAAGAAGAUUGAAAAAAUGAAAGCUAGGAUGCAACAGCACGAUCGCUCUGAUGGGCGAGCAGCCGACGCUCGUGGUGAAGCGCGCUCCAGCCACCGGCUCUCACCUAGGGCCAGCAGCGAAAUUGUUCCUGACGAUUCCGUCUCCGCCGUUCACGAUUUGCAGUACCAGCAAUCGUCUUCCACUAUGGCGCCUAAACUGGGCUCAACAAGUGAUUCGCAUAGGGCGUUACAAUCUGCUAUUGAUCAAACCUCCUCACUUGAUCCACUCCACCCUUUUAGCACAGCUCCCACGUUGCCGGCUGCAGACUCCUCCGCAGAGUCAACUCUGAGGAUGCCUUCAAAGUCGCCGCGAAAGCGACCAUCUAAAAACGAGGCCCUUGCGCAGGACACGACUAUUGACGUUGAUGGUGGGCUGUCUACUGCAGCACCAACACCUCUGGCUAGGACACCAGAUACUGGUGGUAGCGAUUCUGAGCUAUCGGAUGUGAACGAAGAAAUCGUCCAAAAAGGCCCACCAGAACUGCCUCAACCAAAUAGCAAGAGCGCUACUCCUGUUGCUGCAGGCGUCUCGAAGAAGGGCAAGAAUCCCGCGAAUGCUCGUGCUGCGAAGAAAUUAAAGGGCAGUGUGGGCAAGGCCUUCGGCAAGCCCACGAGCAAACAACAGCCACCCACUGCCGAACAGAUCGCAGAGGACGAAAGGAUUUGGGCAUUGCGCAAAGAGUUGGUCGACCAGCAACCAAUUCGUAAACUCGAUGGAAUUCCGCCUCCUCUGUCUGACGUCCGAUUUGACGACGAGAUCCUCGAGACUGAGUCCUUAACUGAGUCGCAAAUCGCAGUAGGCCCGCCUGUCCACUUUGAUCAACCGCGAAGUGCUGGACGCGUCCCUCAACACGGUACUAAGCGACUGCGAGAGGACACAUCGCGAGUAUCAUCGCCUCAGCUCGAGUCGGCGGCAGCAACACGACCCUCAACACCAGCUGUUGGACCAGCAAGUAAACGACUGAAGCUCACCAACGGUCAAGCUGCUAAAACCAAGCGAUCGCCGGUCAAAAAUCGUGAACAAGGUCCUGUUGCUGGUGUACCAUUUACCAGUGGUGGCGGUUCGAGACAGCUGGGGCCUGAUGACAAUGACCCAAACUCGCCACAGUCAGAAAGCGAUGACUUUUGCGCUGCAUGUAGGGGUGCAGGCGAGUUUGUCUGUUGCGAGAACUGUCCACGUGUGUUUCAUCUCCUUUGCUGCGAUCCGCCGCGUACCCAGGUUCCUGAUGGCGCCUUUUAUUGCUAUGAGUGCAAUGCGAAGUUGCCUGUUUCCGAAGAGUCCGCCGCAGAGACCUAUCCCAGCCUUGGGCCACUCUUCAAAUCACUGGACCGCAUCAACCCCCGCGCAUUUGCUUUGCCCUCAGAAAUACAGACCUAUUUCGAAGGUAUCUCUGCACGACCAGAUGGCUCGUAUUUCGAGGACGUCAAGAAGUUUGCACUAUCCAAAAACAGUGGCUACGGUUAUCAACGACCUGACUACACUAAAGUGAUUGACAAUGAUCACAAGGUCGUAUUGUGCACGCACUGUGGUGUUUCCAGUGAGCACAAGCGCCAGAUGCUCAAGUGCGACUUUUGUAGCGCGUACUGGCACUUGGAUUGUGUUGACCCGCCGCUCGCUAACCCGCCACACAUCAGCCUGGAGGCAUCUCAGCGCGACGCGUGGAGGUGUCCACGCCAUAUUGAGAAUGAUUUCCGCAGCGGACUGCUUUUGCAAAAAGACCUGAAUGAGCAGGGUCACGAUGUCGAAAUGGAUGACGCGCCGCCGGCUCGCGUCCCACGUAAACUUCGGAUGCGCAAGGAUCCUCAGAUUAUUGAGCCUACGUUUUCGCGUGGUAUCCAAAACAACGGUCUGAUCGAUAUCAUUAACGAUCCUGAUGACGACACUGAUGGAGAGGGCAACUACGUGUUUGGCACUGAUGACGCGAAAGAUCUCAAUUCAAAGGUGUUCCGUAUACCCGAAAAAGGCCUCAUCCUGGACUUCAUCAGCAAGGUGAAGAGUGGUCGCAUUGCUAAGAAGAAGCAUCACGCGCAGAAAGUUUCAGAGACUGCUGAAGCUCAGCGCAAGCAGUCCAUGAACAGCUUUCUCGCUCGCCCAAUCGAGCAACAACAAGCAGCACUUCACCUGACCCAGCUGGCGAAGAAAGAUUCGCACGACUUGAGCGAGGGCAAAGUUUCUGCACUCCUACUCAGUCUUACUUCCGAAGCUCCCCCGGAUGUCAUUACUGCCCUAUCCAACGCUGAUCCUCCACCCCCGUCUGAUGAAGAGCGUGCACAGCUUUUACAGCUGCAGCAGUUGAUCCAGCGUCGCCUGGGAGCCUGA